UUCUGCAACUCCUCUCUCUCUCUUCCGUGGUUUUUCUCUCUCCGUCGAAGAAGAGAGUAGAAAAAAUAAAUUUAAAAAAAAUAGAGAAAAGAUUUAGAGAAAGAAAAAGAAAAAAAGGCAAAAAAAAAAAAGGACGAUAGAAGUGAGCAAUGGGUGGGAAACUGCUGUGUGAUUCGACGACCGUUGCGGAGACAUUUCAAACCUCUUCACCGACCGUUCCUUGGAGGGACCCUAAGUCAGCGCCAGCUGCUCUAGAUGCAAUUGAGGCCGUAGAUCUCGUUGACCAAACCACCACCACCGCUUGGGACGACGUUCAUGGGCUGGAGGAACAACAGAGGCGCCACCUACAACGGCUGCACGCGAAGGGGAUCCUUUGGAAGCACCCAGCUGACGACUCGUCGUCCUCCGUUUCCGUGGUCUUCCGGCUUUCGCACGGCGGGGAGGUCUCGGCCGACGGUAACUGUCUUUUCACGGCGUCGCAGAAGGCCAUGGCCGGGUCAGGAACUGCGCGUGGGUUCGACGCGAGGGAGCUGCGGAGGAAAACGGUUAGGCGUUUCCUGGAGGACUUUGGAUCGGUGGGAGCGGAGAAGAGAGAGGCCAUCGAAGAGGCGAUCAAGCACAUGUACGCGCCCGAUCUGAAGAACGGGUGGGGGAUCCACGUGGUGCAGGAGAUUAAGUUAUUGGCCAAGAAAUCGGAUCGCCUGGCUUUGGAUUCGGCCAUCGACGAGCUCCUUCAGCUCGGCGUGCAAAGAGAAAUGGCGGCGGAGUCUAUUUACAAAGAGAGAUGUAUUCCGGUGAAUGAUGGUCCGAGUUGGGCCAAAUACAUGUCGAUCUCUGGUUCAUCUGAUGAUGAAUAUGAUAUCAUCACAUUGCAGUGUACCGAGGAGGGUUUAUUAUCUGUAGAUGAGAAUAGGGAAGGUCAUGCUGCAGCUUUUGGAGAUGAUAUAGCAAUAGAGUGCCUUGCAACGGAGUUCAAGCGGGAGAUAUACGUGGUGCAAGCACAUGGAUCUGACGCAAUGGUUGAGGAGGAAAAUUGUGUUUUCUUCCUCCCACAUCGUCCAAGGAGUCAGAUUUGUGAACCUCCCUUAUUCCUUUUCAUGAAAGGAACAGGUUGGUGUGGUGCUGGAGCUGAUCACUAUGAGCCCCUGAUUGCCCAUCCUUCUACUUAUGCUUCCCAGGAGAAGGUUGCACUGGUCCUUUGAGGAUAUUAGUUCUACAAUUUUGUGGCCUAGAGGUUGAAUAGACUAGGUGUUCCAUUGAUUUUUUCCAUUAAUGUUUUACAUGCAAUCUAGUUCUCCUGAUCCCUUUCUGGGUGGCAAGGAGAAAAUCAUUGCACAGAAUUCAUUCUUUUGUUAGCAGUUGCUAGAAUCAGCUGUCUUUGACUCUAACCAGCAGGUCUUAUGGCUGCAAUUGAGCAAACCAAAGUAAUGUUUUUUUGCCGGCUUUUUUGUAGUUGUGGUGGAGUUGUCUGAGUGCUUGUAUGGUCUAGGUUCUAUUUUGUCCAAGAUGGAAUGGUGCCUUUGUGUUGUAUCUUAUGGCUUAUGCUGGGUUUUAUCGUUUCAAUGAUAAGAAGUGACUUCUGUUCU